AGACGCUGCCUGGCCUGGAGGGUCCCUGCAGCCCUCAUGGGGCACAGACGUCGCCUCAUCUCCCAGAGAUCUUCUUUGGAGACCCUGGAAGACAUUGAGGAGAAUGCCCCUCUCCGGAGAUGUCGAACUCUCUCAGGUUCGCCCAGACCAAAGAAUUUUAAGAAGAUUCAUUUUAUCAAGAACAUGCGGCAACACGACACAAGGAACGGCAGAAUAGUCCUUAUCAGUGGCAGAAGAUCCUUCUGUAGUAUAUUUUCAGUGCUGCCGUAUCGCGACAGUACCCAAGUCGGGGAUUUGAAGUUGGAUGGAGGGAGACAGUCAGCUGGCGCCGUGAGCUUGAAAGAGAUCAUUGGUCUGGAAGGUGUGGAGCUGGGUGCCGAUGGGAAGACUGUUUCCUAUACCCAAUUUCUGUUACCCACAAAUGCCUUUGGAGCCCGGAGAAAUACCAUAGACUCCACCUCCUCCUUCUCCCAGUUCCGUAACCUGAGCCACCGCAGCCUCUCCACAGGCCGGGCGAGCAGCACCCAGGGGAGCCUCGACACAGGUAGUGACCUGGGAGACUUUCUGGACUAUGACCCAAAUCUCUUGGACGACCCCCAGUGGCCUUGCGGAAAGCACAAACGCGUUCUGAUCUUUCCUUCGUACAUGACCACAGUGAUUGACUAUGUGAAGCCCUCGGAUCUCAAGAAAGACAUGAACGAGACCUUCAAGGAGAAGUUUCCCCACAUUAAGUUAACACUCAGCAAAAUCCGGAGUUUGAAACGAGAGAUGCGGAAGCUGGCUCAGGAGGACUGUGGCCUUGAGGAGCCCACGGUGGCCAUGGCCUUCGUCUACUUCGAGAAGCUUGCCCUCAAGGGGAAGCUCAACAAGCAGAACCGGAAGCUUUGUGCUGGGGCCUGCGUGCUGCUGGCAGCCAAAAUUGGAAGCGACCUCAAAAAACAUGAAGUCAAGCAUCUGAUUGAUAAACUGGAAGAGAAGUUCCGGCUGAACAGGCGAGAACUGAUUGCCUUUGAAUUCCCGGUGUUAGUGGCCUUGGAGUUUGCCCUGCAUUUGCCAGAGCACGAGGUCAUGCCCCACUACAGACGCCUGAUGCAGAGCUCCUAGCACCAGCCCCGCGGUGGCCCAAGGACCGUUUCCUCCCAGCUUGGUGGAGCAACACGUACCACUGGAAAUGCAAAAAAUAGAACUCAAAAUACCAAACUGUCCUUCUCAACAUGUUUCUGUGGAGAAACAAGUCCUGGAAUCUUCAGUGUGGCUAGCCAAGAGAAGCCUUGAGCUGUGUCCCGUGCAGAACAAGGGACGAGGAGAUGGGGGCAAGCAGCAGGGGCCCUUCCCACUAGCGAGAACUCUUAGCCGCCCCACCCUGAUCUUUCUCCCAGGCGCACACAGACCUUUCGAACGUGGUCCAGAGUCUUCUCUCCAGACCUGUUCCAGCUCAGAGUGCAACGGCUUGCACAGACAUCGGGUGAGAAGCUACAGAAGUUGGGAAAAAGCUUUGCAGAGAUGCCCUCAUCGUGUCCAAGAGUUGUGCCAAUCUAUUUUUGUAUCAGCCAUUGGAAGUGCACUUUCCCUGGGGGCGUGUGGGUUUGCAAGAUGCGGCAGCAGCCCUAGCCCACCCCCAAAGCCAAGCCCACCCCCGACAGAGCAGACUCAGCCUGGGGUCACCAGCCAGGCUGAGGUUUGGCAGUUCUUUCCAGAUGCUCUCUGGAUAAGAAUCACUGUCUCCAUGCCAGAUCGUUGGACAUUCUCUGCCCUUAGAAAAUGGUACUGUUUCUGUCACCACCAAGGGGACAGACAAGAUGAGUUCUCAGUGUUGGAUGAGUCACGUGGAAAGGCAUGGAGCGCGGCGCCCUGCCCCUUCCUGCCGCCGUGAGGCGUGUGUGUAUUUAACCUUGGCACUUUCCCCACUGUGGAGAUGGCGGGGCUGGCGCUCGGUGGCGGCGUCCCUGUGCUCUAUGUUAGAGUGCAUACUGAGCACGUUUCCUGUGCUGUGUGUAUCUAUAUAUAAAAUGUUUUAUAAAAAUCCAGAAUAGGAAUAAGAUGCAUGAUUGGUGUUUGGCGUUCGCCCACUGAGACAAACUAGGGUUUACACUCAGCUUGAGCUGAGGUGGCAGUGGCUCUCACCAUUCCUGUGUACCCGAGGCUGUCAGUGCAGGAUUUUAAUUAUGACUUACCCUGACUCACUGGGACGACUUGCAGUAAGCAUGUCACCAGGCCAUCUCAGAGCUGCGAGAGAUAAUAGCUGGAUUCCCUUGACCAAAGAGAGCCCACAACCAUAUAAAAAGAAAACUAAACUCUUUUAUGUGUACCUGUAUGUGUAGACACACGUCCCCCCAGUCACCUUGGCCUUCCACUGCUGAUCUGUCCACCACCCCAGAUUGCACACAGAGGUCACACAUUCGGAGCUUCUCAUAGCAGCCAGAGAAGGGGAAAUGGAGCCAGGUAUAGACAGCUUCCCUUAGCUUAGAAGUUGAGGUCUCGAUAGGCCUGUAGGGUGCAGAGAUUCAAGCAGCAACUGGGGAGGCCCAAACAGAAUACUUGACUUAUUCAGAACCUUUGGUUUAACUGACUUCUUUUUAACUGUUUUAUUUGUUCUAAAUAUUUUGCUAACAAAUUUCCUUGACUGGAAUCCGUUGUAAGAUGAUGAUUUUUGGAGGGGGUCAGGGGCAUGAUUCAUCUGGUCUCUUCAGCUGAUCGAAAGUUAGAUCAACUAAUACUUGGGGUACCAACUAUUAAUAAAGCAAAUUG